AUGCCUGGGAGUUCAUUACCUGCCACCCUGACCCCAACAGAAACAUUGGCAAGUGCAAUGGCUCCUCUGUGGCCCUUCAUCCUGGUGGCUGCCUCAGGAAUCCUAGCCAUAGAUACACCUCAUCCCAGGAAUUCUGCUUUGUAUCAUCUCACCAAGCAGCUAUUACAGAAAUAUCACAAGGAAGUGAGGCCAGUUCAUGACUGGACGGAAGCCACCACUGUACACCUGGAUGUAUCUCUCCGUGCUGUACUGGAUGUGGAUGUACAGAACCAAAAAUUAAAGACAAAUGUAUGGUACCGUGAGGUUUGGGAUGAUGAGUUUUUAUCAUGGAACUCCAGUAUGUUUGAUGAUAUUAGAGAGAUCUCCCUACCUCUAAGUGCCAUCUGGGCCCCUGAUAUCAUCAUCAAUGAAUUUGUGGACAUUGAAAGAUUACCUGACCUCCCAUAUGUUUAUGUGAACUCAUCUGGGACCAUUAAGAACUCUAAGUCCAUCCAAGUGGUCUCUGCAUGCAGUUUAGAGACAUAUGCUUUUCCAUUUGAUAUCCAGAAUUGCAGCCUAACCUUCAAUAGCAUUCUGCACACAGUGGAAGAUGUAGACCUGGCCUUCCUGAGGAGCAGAGAAGACAUUAAGCAUGACAAAAAAGCAUUUUUGAAUGACAGUGAAUGGGAACUUCUUUCUGUGUCCUCAACAUACAACAUCCUGCAGAGCAGCGCUGGAGAUUUUGCACAGAUUCAGUUUCACGUGGUGAUUCGCAGGCGCCCACUGAUCUAUGUCGUGAGCCUUCUGAUUCCCAGCAUCUUCCUCAUGCUUGUGGACCUGGGGAGUUUCUACAUACCACCCACCUGCCAUGCCAGGAUUGUGUUCAAGACCAGCGUGCUGGUGGGAUACACCGUCUUUAGAGUCAACAUGUCUGACGAUAUUCCACAGAGUGCAGUGAGCACCCCUCUGAUUGGGGUCUUCUUCACAGUUUGCAUGGCCUUCUUGGUUCUCAGCUUAUCUAAGUCCAUCUUGUUGGUCAAAUUCCUUCACAAUGAGCAGUGCAGCGGGCAGAAGCAGCCCCUCUUGUGCCUUCAAGGGGACACAAAUGCUGAUGGAUUUAGAAUGGAUCCCAGGGCUCAGCUUGUUGGGGUGACAGAGUCCCCUGUCUGUCAAGAGCACCAGGCCCAGUCAGGGACCCUGAAUGAAGUCUUGUCCCAGCUUCACUCCAUCAGCAGCUACUUCCAAACCCAGGACCAGAUGGACCGACAGGAGGUUGGGUGGCUGGCCCUCCUGGAACGCUUUGACCGACUGCUCUUUCAAGGCUACCUUGUGGUGUUGGUACUCUACACCAUCACCCUGUGCUCGCUCUGGGCACUGUGGAGCGGCUUGUGA